CUGCUCUCUGAGCUCGUUAUCAGUGAGCAACACACACAGGAAGUCCUGUCUGGGAUUGUCCAUUCCAAUCCUGAUUUAUACAGGAAGAAAAGCAUAAAAAGCCUCCCUUCCACCUCUAAAGGGACCUCCUGCCUGCCUGCAGCACCAGUGACCAGCCAUGCUGGGGAGGCACAAGAGAGGAGCAGAUGCAGCCAGCUGGGGAGGAAAGGCCUUGGCCAUGCAGCAGCGGCAGCAAACAGAAGCAGAGGUGGCCACUGGGUUGUGGACAGUUGCUUGGAGCAGGAGAAGGUGGGCCAUUUCCCAUGGCCGCUGCAGAGGGACACAGAGAGGAGGCGAGGACGUAGCAGGAUGCAGCCAUGGUGGUGGGAUGAAUUCACUAAGCAAAGAAUAAAAGAACAAGGAAUUGUAGGUGAUGAGCUGAUGGGCAAGCUUUUGACACUCUCUUCAUCGGCCAUGGGAAGCUGACUGCAUGAGUCAGCAACACAGAUAUAGUGGCUGGACUCAGACCCUGUCCCCCAUCAUUAAAUCUGGAUCUACUGUGGAUCACAGCAGAAUUAGCAGUGGGUAAGAAAUCAUGGGGCCGUUUAAAGGAAGCAUCCUCCAUUCAUGACAAAUGACUGAUUUCAACAGAUCAGGGUUCCCCACUGAAGAGACACAUGCAGUAAGAGCCAGUGCUUCCCAUCAAAGAGUGACACCCCUUCAUGCCACACAAUAUCACACAGCAGGAAAGAAGGAGCCGGCAGAGGGCAGGAAAUGCAGAGAAUCAGCUGCCUCCUCACGGGAUUUGUCUUAAUCCUUGGUGUGACCAGCGCUGAGUGUUUUGCCCGGUCAGGCCGCAGGGUGUGCUCUGCAGAGAUGCAGAACAGAGCCGCUUCGUAUGUGGAGUCCCACGUGCAGCCUGUCUACCAGCCCUACCUCACAACGUGCCAGGGACACCGGCUCUGCAGUACGUACAGAACCACAUACAAGGUUGCCUAUCGCCUGGCCUACAGGAGAUUUUCCCAGCCCAUCUAUAUGUGCUGCCCUGGAUGGAGACGGGCAAACAGCCACGCAGUCGGAUGCAGCAAAGCCAUUUGCAGGUUGCCUUGUCAAAACGGCGGGAGCUGUUCAGCCCCAGACAGAUGCACCUGCCCCCCAGGAUGGAUGGGGAAAUCCUGCCAGACAGAUGUGGAUGAAUGCGCUGGCCCGAGCCACGGCUGCAGCCAGCAUUGUGCCAACACGCCUGGGAGCUACGGAUGUGCCUGUCGGGCUGGGCAAAGGCUCUCCGCCGAUGGGAAAUCAUGCCAGGCUUCGGACCCACCCACUGAGACGGAGGCCUCCCCCGCCCUCAACCGAUCAGGCGGCUCCAGUGAAAUGAAGGAAGAAGUGCAAGCCCUCCGCAGCCGGGUGGAAGUGCUGGAGCAGAAACUCCAGUUAUUGUUGGCUCCAUUCCAUAACCUCAUGCCAUCCGCAGCAGAUGACAUCAGCACAGACCCCAUCAGCCAGCUGUUCUACUCCCUGCGGCAGCUGGAUAGAAUUGAGUCCCUGAGUGAGCAGAUCUCCUUCCUGGAGGAGCGACUGGAGACAUGUUCAUGUAAGAAUGGACGCUAAUAAUAAUGAGAGGAGCAGCACUUCACGCUGGGAGCAGAGUGAAUUGGUAACCCUGGAUUUCCUAUCUCAGCACCCCUUGACCCAGCCUGCCGAAAGAGGCCACGAUGCCUUCCGCACGACAUGGGAAGGAGCCAUAAAGAGCUUAUUUUGAUACGAAGGGCCCUAGUGUGCUUUUCGAAGAAUUAAGCUGCUUGGAGACUGAUUUUAAAUUGGACUUAGGUUAUGGCAAAGUUGUAUGAGAUGCUUAGGGUUAUAACACUUUCUUCCAAGCACUUGGCCAGCUGGCACAGCAUCAGCCAGUGCCAUACAAGAGACUUGUUAAAAGCAAAACCAUGUGGUGCUUAAUUUGUUUGUGACUGUAAGUGAGGUGAAACCCUGGGCCAACAAUUAAUCGUGUGGUACAGCAGCAUGAAAUGAGCUGUGCAAGCAGCAGCUCAUUUAGCUUAGAAGCCUACGUUCUUAGAGAACUAUAUAGUCAGACUUUGCUCUUGCUAACACCCAGGGGAAAGUUUUGCCUAACCCCACAUUAUUUCACUAUUAGAGCAGGGAGGAGACAGGAGGGCUGGAUUCUGCUCUUAGGCUUUUCCACCAACUCCUUUUUACACAUGCCUGAAAUUCAAACAGAUUCAAAAUGGACCAAGUCAAAUCUGGUCACUAAAACCUUCCCCUGAAGGGAACUAGUAUACAUUCUCCCUUUGAAAUGCUGGGGGUGGGGGAGGAGGAGGAGAAAGAGGAUAGAGAUAAUCCCUUUGCUUUUUAAAAAAUUGGCUUCAUAUACACACUGAAACCUGGCCCACUUGCUUGUCUAUGUGACAAAAUAACCAGCUAGUUUUGCCAGCUAAACCAGGCUUUGCUCAGACUGGAACUAGGAGUGGCAGAACAGCUGUAUUUAAAGUAGGAACGGAUGCACAUUGCCAGGUUGCUGUGGGCAAAGCCUGCAGUGCUCAUGCCUCUUUGCAUGGUUAGCUUAAGGCUGCUGGAGGAAGGAUCCUAAUGUUUUUAGAGAACUAAUGAGUCUUCUAUGGUACAACGCUUUCCUACUUGUAAACAGCCAGAGACUUGAGGUCUAUUAGCCAAGCACUGUGUAGGGUGGCGCAGUUUUUGUAUUAAAGUUAUGUCCUGUACA